GGUGAGCGCACCUGGGGGCGUGUUUGUUGCCUUCGCUCUAUCGCUUCACCAUUAAUGACGCUGCUCUCUGCAACUCUCAACCUUUGGCACCUGAUUAGCGCGGCCUAGUCAAACUACACUAAACCCGGGAGCCACACUGACUCUGCAGAACCAGUCCGACCAUGGCGCACCAGGCCAGAGCGCUGAUCACCUCCAAGCGGCUCGUCGAGGCUCUCAAGGGUCCGGGGAACACGCGCGUCCUGGACGCGUCCUGGCAUUUACCCAAAGUGCGCCGCAGCGCCAAGAGCGACUUUAAGAAGAAGCACAUACCGGGCGCAGCCUUCUUUGACAUAGACCAGUGCUGCGAUAAAACCUCUCCUCUGGACCGCAUGCUGCCGUCAGAGAAGGUGUUCGCUGACUAUGUCGGAAGUUUGGGCGUCGGGAGCGACACGCACGUCGUGGUGUACGACGCCAGUGAGUUCGGCGCGUUCUCGGCGCCGCGCGUGUGGUGGAUGUUCCGGGUGUUCGGCCACAGCGCGGUGUCGUUGCUCAACGGGGGGCUCAGGAACUGGCAGCAGCAGGGUCUGCCUGUGACCGACCACUACGAGAAACCGGCACCGAGCGACUUCAAGGCCUCCCUCGACCGGUCCCGGAUCAAGACCUAUGACGAUAUCCUGCAUAACCUUGACAGCAAACGGUUCCAGGUGGUGGACGCGCGGCCGGCGGGCCGAUUCAAAGGUCUGGACCCGGAGCCCAGAGACAACACCGAGCCGGGCCACAUCCCCGGCUCCGUCAGCAUCCCCUUCCACUCCUUCCUGUCUCCAUCGGGCCACUUCCUGCCCAGGGAACAGCUCCAGGCUCUCUUCGAGCGAUCCGGCGUGGACCUGGGCCGCCCGCUGUGCGCCUUGUGCGGUUCUGGCGUGGUCGCCUGUCACGUGGCGCUGGCGGCCCACGAGUGCGGCAACCUGGAGGUGUCGGUGUACGAUGGCGGUUGGUCGGAGUGGUACACCCGCGCCGUGCCCGAGGACGUCAUAUCCGAGGGACGAGGGAAGCAUCUGUGACCGGGUGGGACAGGAGGAGGAGGUUAACCUGGUGUUGGGGACGUUGGGGCAAUUUUGCAGUUAAUCAUUAUAUGGAGACACAUGGCGUUUUGCUGUCUUUCUGUAAGUUUCAUUGUAAUUUUCAACAAACUAUCCCCAAAACCCUGAUGCACAGAUCACAAACAGACGGUGACAGAUGAGUCCACUGAAGCACCAGCAACACACAAACACUAAACGGGACUUUUUACUCUAUUUUGUUUGUUUACAGAUGUGAUGUUUAUGCUAAUAUGAAAGUAGCUGCACACUAAAUCACAGUAGUUUACACAAUUUAGGCUCCACAGUCCUCAUGAAACGGGCGGUCGUAUGUGGGUUGGAAGGUGUUUUACGCUGAAGGAAAAGCCCCGAGAGCAGAAUGCAGCUGGGCAGGUGUGCUCAGUUUGGACUUUGGCUGAUUAGAUACACACACUGCACACAGUGGAGGUUUGCUUUUCAAAAUAACAUACCCCUUCAUCAACUCAAGCAAAAUCAUAACAAAGCAUGUUAGAUUCAUAUCAUUUUUCACAUUAUAUAUUGUAUAUAUUUUCAAAACACGUUUUAGCAGAAGACUUGGUCCUAUCCAUGAAAAUAUUUCAGCUGAUGGAUUCCUGCAGUUGUAUGUCUUGGUGAAAUCUCGCUGCUUUCAAAUGUGUUCAGAUCAAUUUCAUUAUCGGGUCUGUCAAUAAAACACAAGUAAAAAACA